AUGGCCCGCAAGCGCACAAUCAUGCUUGCGCUGGCUGCUCUCAUUGCGGGUUCAUACUGCACGCUCUUGCCCUUCGUCGGCUUCUUCAUCCGGCUCACAAAAAGCGUCGUUCUCAACGACGCGCUCACUCUGUUUUACGCCGUCGUCUACUGGGCGCCCUUCUCGUUUGUCAUGAACGUCUACGCGCGCCUCUUCCUCUCGCACAAGGUGGCAACCUUCCGGAAUGCCCGCCCCUCCUUCGUCAAGAAGAACGCCUACAACUACUCGUCCGACACCGACAUCUUCUACUCCAAGGAUUACUCCGACCUGGACGACUCGUUAGAAGAAUGGGGCACCGUCGAGUACCUUCCCUUUGUGUACAACGCCGUCCUCAACAAGUACAAUACCCGACUCAACUUUAAGCAGGACCUGCACGGGCCGCUGCUUGAUCUUGUCACCCACUCGACCGAUGACGAGUUCCGCGUCCUCGACAUCGGACCUGGGACGGGCAACUCGACGAUGGACAUCUCGUCCGCACUGCGCAACGCGUGCGUCUGCUGCCUCGACAUCUCGGAGCGGCUGCUCAAGAUGUGCAAGGCGCGCAAUCCGCACGCGUACUGCUUCAAGGGCUCGAUGGAGGACACUCUCUUUGAGGAUGACUCUUUCGACGUCGUCUACAACUUUGGCGGCAUCAACGAGACCGACAUCGACAAGUCGCUAGCUGAGACGUGGCGUAUCGCCAAGCCCGACUCACUGAUCGUGCUCGCCGACGAGAACUUCGACGCGACCUCAUGGCUGAGGAAGCUGUGGGUGGUGUUCAUCUCCAACCUGACCUUCAUCCACAGCUACUACUGGGACAUGACCGCCUCGCGCCAGCCCAAGCAGCCCUUCCCCAAGAUUCGCAGUUGGUGCCCCGCCGCCGCUCAAAUCGCAUGCGGGUGA